CAGCAGCGUCGAGGUUUCUCUCAUCCCUCAUUGCUCCAUUCCCGGUCACUCCCAAUUUCACGAUGUCAGAAGCCCCAUUCAGACCACGCGAGCAGUUGAUGGAGAAGCAGAAAUAUUUCCAAAGCAUCCACAAACACACAUAUCUGAAGGGACCUUUUGAUAAGGUCACCUCUGUUGCCAUUCCAGCUGCUUUGGCUGCCACUUCUUUGUUCCUUAUUGGACGAGGUAUCUACAACAUGUCACAUGGGAUCGGGAAGAAGGAAUGAGGCAGCACUGGCACAUGGCUGGAAAUCAAAGUUCCAAAAUAUAAGUACUUCCGGGCUCUAGUGGUGUUUAUUUUCUCUGUUUGCUUCCUUUAAUAAUUGCUUAGUAGCAAAUUCUUACUUCCAAUGAAAGGUGGAUUUGUUUUUUGAUCAUAUUUAAGUUUGUUACUAAAGUUCUAUUUUGUUAUAAUUACUGCGUCGUGAUGCCAAAUGGUAAUCGAUGGUGAUUCUCAACAUACUGUAUUUUGCUUGAUGAGAGUUUUUUUUUUGGUC